CCGCCAAACUGUGCGCUCGCGAAAAACGAAAGUUGAAGCACUUCAAUAUGCCACUAGCAUAAGCAGCGGUAGGAACAGUAGAGGCGCGACAGCAGCAGCAAAGCAUAGCAAAAUAGCCAACUUGUCGCUGACAUCCGCAACGCUGUCAGGCAAUUGUACUUGGUGUGGUGUGUGAAUUGGCAGCAGAAUGUUGAUGUUUAGUGAAGGCUGUGUGUAAAUUGCCUGAUUUUUUCUUUCUUUUCGAACACAGUGUGAAGUGAGCAAUAAAAGAACAUUUUCUAAGCUAUAAAACGAAUAUUUCUUAGUGAUAAUAAACAAAUAAAACAAAGCUUAAUAAUAAUAAUAAAUUAUAAAACUCAAAUUAUAACAAAUGUGCAAAAUUGUGUAAUUACAGUACGGAAGAAAUGCAAAAAGUGAAAAGUGAAAGCCAAAACGGAUAAGCAAUAAUUUACGCAACCCACCCAAGCAAGCUUGCCAAUCCGAAUCAUUUGCCAUUUUUUUUUUUAUUAAUUUCCAAAUAGUUAUAGCUCUGUAUAAAUAAAGAAGUGAUCACUAUUAACAUUUUUCGUCGCUGACACAAACUCGCUGUAAACGUGUCAUGAUGAAUUUCUCCGCGUUCGGUGGUCCCUUCUCCGGCAUACAUCAGUUUGCGGCCAAAUUUGGACACGACACACAAGGUCCACCUGGCGCCUUUGCCACGCCCACCGGUAUCAAUGGCAAUGCAACGGCGGGAGUCGCCGAUAAUCAUGUGCAACGCUAUCAGACCAACGGCAAUCAUUUCAAUCAAAAUAUACCAAAUGUCUCGGCCGCCAAUAACACAAUGCAAUACGGACAAAAUAUAUCCAUACCAUAUUCACAGCCGCAAACUGAUUUGAAUUUUCUCAACUCCACGGACCAUAAAGGGAAGAUACAUCCGAAAAUCGAACGCGACCGCGAAGAAGUUUUAAAUCAACAAAUUUUGCAAAAUGUCAAUCAGUCGUGGCAAACAUUGGCCAAUACUGCCAACACCGUUGAUUACUCGUCUCAUUUGCUAUCCGCAACACUGCCAAUCUCAAUACAACACUUCCUCAAAUAUUCCGAAACAAUAAAGAAGGAAUCCUCAGGUAUUGUCGGCUCUCAAAUCAACUCAGGGAAUUUAAAUUUGAGCAAUUUGGAUACAUCACCAUCGGGUUUUAAGGGUGAUGUUCUCAAGAAUGGCACGAAUUUGAGUCUGGCACUCGGCGGUGUCGCACUCGCUCCACCGUCCAAUCAGCAAGCAAAUGGCGCUACACAUCACAAUGGCGGCAUUGUUGGCAUGGAUCAUACUGGCCAUAUGACCAAUAUGACAGAUAAUACAAAUAAUGGUGCAUCUCUACAUCAGGCUGUUAAUGGCAAUGUACCAAAUCCAAAUGUCAAUGGACAAGCAAACAAUGGUCAACCCACCACUAAUGGUACGGUUACGAAUGGUAACACGGUUACGAGCACUGCACCGGCUGGCACCACGACUACCUCAACCGGUGGUACUACAACGACCACUGGCAAGAAAACCCGAAAGAAGAAGCCACCAAAGGAGAAGAAGCCACGCCCGAAACCGGGUGAGAUACGUGAGAUUAAAGCUUUGGAUGGUUCUACGCUCUAUUGCUGCCCCGAAUGUCAGAUGGCCUAUCCCGAUCGUAGUUUAAUCGAACAACAUGUUAUCUCACAUGCCGUAGAGCGGCGGUUCGUUUGCGACAUCUGCAAUGCAGCAUUGAAGCGUAAAGAUCAUUUGACCCGUCACAAGCUAUCGCACAUACCGGAUAGACCACAUGUUUGCAAUAUUUGCAUGAAGUCAUUCAAGCGAAAGGAGCAAUUAACACUGCACAUUGUCAUACAUUCCGGGGAAAAGAAACAUGUUUGCGUCGAGUGUGGCAAAGGCUUCUACCGUAAAGAUCAUCUGCGCAAGCAUACACGAUCGCACAUUGCACGUCGCGUUAAGUCGGAAGUAUCAGCGCAGAAUGUAAAUGGCGGCAGUGGCACCGGAAACACUGCUCAGAACAACACGAUACAAGGCUCCUGAGGUUCGUACAAGGACUUUUGGUAAAUCUUCAAAAAAACUUCACUCGUGCUACAGCAUGUUGAAGGCAUCAACUGCCAUGACCGCGCUUAUACAAAACCGCGUCUCAUGUUAGUGGGUGCAGUCAAUGUGUGUGUAGUGUGAAGUUUCUCUGAAUGUUUAUCAAUUGUCCUGCUGAGCCUUAAACGAUGUAAAAAGAAGCUGAAAGAUAGUAGCAAGUAUGCGAAAGAAAGUGAAUUUUUUUUCUAAUUAAUCAUGAGAAAGUAGUGUUUUUUAUUUUAUUUUACAACUAUUUUGGUAAAAGGUUGAAGAAUGUGAGAAAGAGAAGUUGUGCAAAAGAAUAAUAACGUUCACAAUCGCACAAAGCUACAUACAUACAUAUGGAUAUGUAUAAAGUAGAACACGGCGUCGCAUUUGCAAUUGAACGCCAAUAAUAACAACAACUAGUAAUAACUGAAACCGUUAAAUAGCAAUUUCGAUGUACAAAAUAUUUAUUUAAAAUAUAUACUGAUGUUAGGAAGACAAAAAAAAAACACACUGAAAACUAAAAACAAAAAUAUUAUUUUUGCUGAAAAAAGUAAAAAAUAUUAUUAAACAAUAUUUUAACGAGACGAAUAGCAACUCAUGGUGAAGAACGCGCAAAUAAUUACAGACAUACAUAUGUACCAUAUAUGUAUAGGUACAAGUGUGCUUAAUUGUACGCGCAUUUAUUCACACAUACAUAUGUAUGUACAUGCAUAAGGGAGCAUCAAAGAAAAAGAAAAAAAGCUAAAUUAAUUUUAUGAUAGUGAAUAAUUUUGUUUGUUUUAUUUUUGAGGAUCUGUGAUCUUUUUUGGCUAUAAAAAAUGAAUAAAAGACAAGACAACAAACGAUCGCUAAUAAUAAAUACAAUUAUAAGUGAGAGUGAGUAUAAAAAUGACAAUUGUAAUAUUACAUAAUAGCUAGUGGACACACUUAUGUGCAUACAUAAGUAAAAAUAAUAUAAAAACUGAAGCAAAUAUUAUUAGUUUUUGUAUUACAAAUAAAAAAAUAAAUCACGUGCAAUUUAAUUUAUUGUAUAUUUUUUGUAUUUUGUUUUCAAUUCUGUUGUACCUAAUUUUUGUUCUGUUCAAGUUUUUCCAUAUUUAAUCAAGUAUUAAUUAAGUAUUAAGUAAAAAAAUAAAAAAAAACGCGAAGUAAAUACUUUGGGUUAAACAUAAGUAUAUAUAUAUAUAUACAUAUUAAGUAUACACAAAUACAUACAUACAUACAUAUUUGCAAACAAUUUGUAAUUGAGUUAAAAAUUGUAUUAGAACUGCUAGGACUUACACUGUACGGCACAACAAUUAAUCUAAACAUUUACGUAUGUAUGUAUAGUACACAUGUAUAUGGAUGUACAUAUACAUAUAUACACAUACAUACAAAAGUUUAAUGUAAAUAAGCAUUAAAAUAUGUAACACAGUCAAGUAUCUACGGCAUUUAUUAUGUAUAUAGUACAUACGCGCAUACAAUUGAAACAUAUAAAAUUACUAUAUUUCUAGUUUAGGAUUUUUUAUGAACAGCUUAAUUGAAGAAAAAAAUUUUAAAAAUUUAAUACAUUAUUUUUCGAGCCACGCAAUUACACCCUGACCGACUGACUGCUGGAGCUCCACACACCAAACCAAAUAUCGAAACAUACAUACAUACAUACAUACAUACAUACCUACAUAUAGGACAGUUAACAUUCUAAGUUUCAUUUAAGCGAGACUCACAUUAGAUUCAAUUAUAGCAAGUAUGUACGUACCUUCAAUGAAAAAAUAUGAUGUUGUUUGCUCGAUGACUGUAAGGAUAUUGAAUGUGUUUGACAGAUGUCAUGCCAAGCAAACGGGAAAAAAUUAGUGUUCAUCCAAAACAAAUGUUCCCUACUAACAUAUUUGAAUCUUAAAGCUCAUUUCAUACCGGUACACCGAAAAUAUAUAUGUACGUGCCUACACGGACUUGCCUAUUUUAUAUUUAUACCCUGAACAGGUUUUUCAAUAAGAGCGCUACAAAAGAAAUAUUCGAUGCCAUUAUGUAUGGAACUCGAUUUCUUUUGCAUGGCCACCACGAUCUUGCUUGCAGAAGUCCAGACGCUGAACCCAUUAACGACAAACAUAAAUCGGACGAUACUGCUGCAAUUUCAAGUUCGAUAUUCGUACGAAGUUCAUCAAUCAUGGCUGGCUUCUUGGCAUAGACCAUAGACUUGAAAUAACCCCACAGGAAAUAGUCUAACGGCGUCAAAUCGCGCGACCGAGACGGCCAAUCGUUUAUGACAGUCGCUGUCUAGCUUGUGGCGCCGUCCUGUUAAAACCACAUAUUGUCCAAGUCCAUAUCAUCCAAUUCGAACCAAAAAUAAUCGGUUAUCAUUGAGCGGUAGCAAUUCCCAUUCACAGUAACGUUCCGGUCUUGAUCAUUACGGAAUAAGUAUGGCCCAUAAACGGUACCAAAUCGUCAUUUUUUCGGAUUGCAUUAUGACUCAUGGAGUACGUCUGCCUGACUAAUAAGGCAUAUUUAUUGACGAAGUCAUUCAGCCAGAAAUUAACCACAUCGCUGAAGAUGAUUUUUCGAUGAAAAUCCGGGCCAUUUUCAAGUUGCUGCUCAGCUCAAUUCAAGAACAUAUGACGAUUCUGGUGGUCAAGCGGCCUCAGUUCUUCCAUCAAUCUGAUCUUUUAAGAAUGUAGGCCAAGAUAUGUUGGCAAAAUUCGUUACAACGACGUCACAGAGAUGCCCAACGCUUGAGAACGGCGUGUGAGAGGCUAAUUUGUGUCUUCCUCAAUUGAUGAGCUAGCGGCAGCAAUAUCCUCGACACUAUGGGCACUUCUUUAUCUCACUGGCACAGUAACAUUUUUUCUUGAUUCAUUAUUCUUUGGCCACUAUUUGUUCAGAAUCCUGAUCCACUUGUUAUGUAUUCAUGUAUUUUAAUUCUUAUGAGACUACUGCAGACGAUUCUUCCAAAAAAAAUGGAUAUUUUAAAGCUUGAAGUUUGGAAUGUUAAAAAUAAUUGCCUCUACGACUUUGUCGUGCGCUAAACCAAAACAUUUACAGCGCUUUCGACAAAUCAAGAUUUUCUUCGACUACAAUUACAAAAACUUUGUACGCAAAGUAAUCAUAUUGAGCAAGCACUGGGGCAGCAGCUGCAAUAGUUAUUCCAGUAAAAACACUUCUCGCUGGCUCAAAUUGUUUUUAACAUGCCGAGCCACACAAAAUCUUCAUUUUAUUAACACAUGUUAUAUUUUGUUGAUCGCCAUCAAUAUGACUGCUCCAACGGUAUUAAAUUUGACAAGAAAACUGACAACUCCAAUAAAAGUAGCAUUUACCGACCAAAUUCAAUUUACCAUUCAAAUUAAAUGUAUUUCGACUUGCCAACCACAAGACAAGCACUAACAAAUUUUCAAAUUCAACUAAAUCCAUGCAUACAUAUACAAUAAAUAAGAUACAAAUUUAUAUACAUACAUAUAUAAAAUAGAUUAAAAUAAAUAAGCUAUACAAACAUUGCCAUUAAUACAGUUAAGCACAUCAUAAAUAAAUAACCACUGAACAAUAAACAAUAAGAAGCAAAUACAACAAACAAUACUUGAAAUACAAAUUUUGCAGUAAACAUAUAGUUCAAUUCAAGUUCAUACAAAGUAUAGAAAUGUAAGAUCAACUACAUAUUUAUAACUUAAUCAAAUGAGCGUAUAAAGAUCUAUUUUUUGUAAGUUAGCCAGCUAAGCCGUAUUUAUACAAAAAACUAAACUAAAAAAUUCCCAAAUACAAACAAAUUAAUUCAGUAAAAAAAUAUAUAAAUGAAACUUGUAAAACAUCACCAAAUUUACGGCGAUUAUUUUUCUACUAACAAACGUGCAAACCGUGAAUAAACAAAAUAGUCUAUAAUGUAAAAUUUUGACAAGAGUGUACUGAGCACAAACGACUAAGUACAUACUAUAUAAGUGUUUGUAUGUUUGUGCUGUGGAAAUUUCAUAAAAAGCAACACACGGUCAUGAAUAAAUGCGCUUCAAAGUGCCGAACGUGUUGUUGUUUCCAUGUAAGAGAGCCAUCAAACUAUAUAAUUAAUAAUACAUAACAGACUUACAUACAUACACGCAUAUAACAAAAUGCGAAUUAAAGUUCAAACACUUAUUUCAAGUGACAGCAAAGAUUUGUUCAAAUUAAUUGCAUUUGACUCAGCAGCGCUCAUAAUUAACUUGUAUAACAAUAAAAUAAAACACUAACACACUAAUAAGUUACAAAUGCUGCAAAAUAAAUACAUUUAUAGACUUCGUAAAAGAAUACUCCUUGCAAAGAGUUUUUGCUAAAUCACAUUCGUGGUCAACAAAUAAUCAAGCGUAUUUCAGUAUACUUAGAUAUAACUACAAUAAAUACGAUUAACUGAUAGAUCACUGAAUAAUAACCAAUAUAACAGACAAUUUUUAUAUAUAACGUAACUAAUAGAGUCAAUCCUAAAAAUACAAAGGUAUAAACAUUUAAGGGAACUUUUUUUUAUAAUAGCAGUUUUUCAGUAUCAUAAAUAAUACUUUUUUAGGAGGGAUAAAAUUUCAAACUUUUUUGCGAGCAAAUCAUCUAUUAACAUAACUUUUCAUAAAACUACAUAAAAAUAAAUUUCUUUUAUCUUAAUUUUGAAGCUUUCAAAGUGUCAUGAAAUAAUCGAGAACUAGUUAAACCAUGAUUCAAUAAUAUAGUAAAGGUUGUGGUGAUAGCCCAAAAAUAAGAAUUUCUCAGAAAUGUUUUAACUAAAAAUGUCAAAAUCAGUUUUUGCUUUGUUUUUAUAAUUCGAAAAUAAGUUUUUCAACGCUCCAACCAGAAGGUUGUGUCAAUAGCCCAAAAACAACAAUUUGUGAAAAUUAAUUGGAACCAUAAUGUCAAAAUCAGCCGUUUUCUUUUGUAUUGUUCUGUCUUUACCAUGAAUCAAUUAUAGAAAGUUACGUCGAUAUGGAGCGUGCUUCCUCUUACGACAGCAAUGAUUGUAUCCAUAAUAUCAAAAUUAGUUGCUUUUUGUCCUUCUCAUGAUUUUUCAGAAUUUGAUGCUUUUGGGUAAUUUACAAUCUAUUCGCAUUCAGUUAUCACUCAAUAAAGGCCUUUUCAUUGGUUGAAAAUUAAAAAAAAAAUUAUUUCUGAAGUAUAAAAAAACAAAAAACAAUACAAAAACAAACGGCUGAUUUUGACAAUUAUUUUUGACAAUUUGUUGUUUUUAGGCUAUCGACGCAGCCUUGAAUAAUUGAAUCAUGGUUUUUAUGAUUCAAGAAAUAAAUUGCACAGCAAUACAGUGUGAACCUCCCUUUAAUUACAUAUAAAAACAUAAAGACGUUAGCAAAAUAGAAAACCAUGAAAUUCGAAAACGUUUAGAUGUACGAAGGCAAAUACAUGCGAAAAGUACAAAUUGUGCUUUAAAUUGAUGAAUCACUUGAUAUGAUAUAUUUAGAAAAACCAGAAAGAAUAUAAAAAAGAAGUUUGUUCACUGAAAAUAGUUAAAGUUUACAACAAAAUGAUUUAUUGCUGGACCAUGGACUUACAUACAUUACAUACGCUCAAAUCAUACACGCUAUACAUAUUUCACCUUGAAUCAGCUAGCGACUGGAAAGAAAAUGGAAAAUAAAAGCUUCUAGGCGCUUCCAUUUAAACUUUCGUGAAACAAAAUAAUAACACUUGCAUUCCUUUAUAACAACUUGCCAUACACAUGCGUAGGUUCUUCACAACAACUUUUUAAUAUAAAAUGCACUUACUUUUUUAGACAUCUUUCAUCAAUUUCAUUACCUGCAUUUUGCUUGAAACUGAUCUUUAAAACUUUUCAAUGCGUGACUCAUCUAAAUAUAAUAUACUUACUAUAGAUAAAAAACUACUACUUACAUUUCCUUCGCUUCUUGAGCUAUCCAGCGAUCUCAGCGGAACAAAGAUCAUUUGAAUUAAUUAAUCACUAAUUUUACCACUUCUGAUACCGUAACAAAACUUUUAAUAUGUUCUCAAAUAAAUACGGUGAGUUGCCUAAAACCUGAGUUUCACACAAUAUCGAAUCAAGCAAGCACACUAGACACUGUUUUCGUAAGCACGCUCAUCAAACGGAAUCAUUUUCAUUUGUAUUUGAUUGAUGUGUAAUUAAUAUAAAGUAAUUAAGCGAAAAUGUAAUCUAAAAAUAAAAUAAAGUUAAAGUAAACAACAACAAAGAAAUUAAAUGAACUCAGGGAUAGAGCCUCCAAAAAUUUAAUAAAUAAAAGACAUGCAAUAUUUUAGCAAAAAACAAAGGAAAAAAAAAACAAAAACCAAAACAAAAAUAUAAUAAUUGCUUAUACGAAAUUUUAAAUUUAACAAAUUUUAACGAGAAUGAAAAUAUAUGUCUAAAAUACUUGAAAUAACAAAACGUAAAAAUUCAAAAAGAAAAACUGAAAGCACCGGAAGAAACUAUAAAACCAUUUAAUUGAUAUAAAAGUUUAAAUAUGUAGUAAGCAGAUAGAACUUAAAAGUAAAAAAAACAACUCAAGCAUAUUUGAAAGCGUCAAACAAAAUACGAACAAAGCUUACAUAUGAAAUUAAAACAUUUUAAACAAUUUCACACACACAAAAUUUUGCACAAUACUUAUUAAAUAAUUUAUGUACUCUUGUAUGGCAAACAAAAAACUUAAAAAAAGUCAAAACAGAUUUAUUGUAAUUUGAACUACAAAUCUUGUUUUGCUUUAAAAUAUUUUCAAUUUUUUGUGAUAAAAUAGAUAAUGUAUGUAUACAUUCGUAUAACUACUACAAUGUAACUUAACUCUUUUGGUAUAUAUUCGGAUAGGAACCAAAAACAAAAAAUAAGUUGUAGAAGUUUGUGUUUGGGGCUUAAAAGUGAUACGAUAGAAUUUUGCAAGGUGUUUACGGUUUUUGUUGCUGUUGCUGAAUGACAGUAGUAGUGCAGUUUACUUUAAUCAUGCAUAACCAUGUGCCACCUGCAACUUAAAAUAUUGAGGUAUAAGAAAUACUACAUAAAGCAGUGGCAGCAUUGCCGUUAGUAAGCCUAGUAGGUUUCAGUGAUGAUUAUAAAUACAUAUUACGGUAACCGUUAUUACCCUAGUUGAUUUUCUUUUUUUUUACAAACGCUCCCUGAAGCUUCAGCAUUUGCUCUAAAAACCCAAACAAAGCUCUUUAUUUUCAAUAUGAACGUUGGCUAAGCUAUUUUAUUUUUAUCAAACAUUUAAUUUAUUGAUCUUUUGGAAUAAUUUUUGUUCUUAUCUCCCAGGCAAAUAAACCUACAGAACAUGAUAUUUUCAUACAAUAUUUUCCAUUCUGAAAACUUCUUCAAAAAGGUCUCAUUAAUUUUUUGUGAAACCAUUUCUUUAAAAGUUAUACGCAGUUAAGUUAGUACACCAUGUCGUAUGAGCGACACAGAAUGUAUACAUAAAUUCAUACGGUGCACCAUGUCGUAUGAGUGACACAGAAUGUAUACAUAAAUCACUUGUAUGAAUGCUUAGGUCAUUGGACUAACACAAUACAUAUACCAUGCUUGUUGCUUUUUUAGCUUUUUUCACGUUUAUAUUGUAAACUAUUAUUUGACAAAAAUAUGUCAAUAUGUUAAAUGUACAAUUUUAGGUUUAAAAAUGCUUUUACACCAUACUGCUAGUCCAUUAGUUGCCUUCAAUAACUUUUAAUUUUGGUUUUUGGUUAUAAUACGCUGAUUUCAGCGUUAAAUAAGACACCUUUAAGAUAAUGUCUACACAUAUUGUGUUAGGAAUGUUUAGACUUUACAAAAUAUCUAUAAUUUUGUUUGCAUUAAUUUUACUCUCCUACUUGCUAUAAUAUAAAGUAGUUUAAAUAAUUUUUACGUUUGAGCAAACAGUUGUAAGGUUAGAAAGUAGUUGGAUGGCAAAAUUGAUAACAAUCGGUAUGAAAGAUAAUAUUUUUGUAAACGACCUGAAAUGAGUAGUUUAUUUUUAUAUGCAGAAAGAUAUAGGGUGUAGCGUAUGGCGAGUGCGUCAUGACCUUGAUCAGGUUUUCAAAUAUUAAUAUAUAUGUAGGUAUGUAAUAGUAAGCUGCGAACAAAAGACGACUUGGUAGUACGUAGUAGGAUUAAAAAAAACUAUUUUUAUGAAAAUAUGGACUGUAAAAUCAAACGAUAUGGAAGAAUGAAAUAUUUGAUGCUCGCCACUAGGAAAACCAGUGAGCAUAUGAAAUACUUGUAUUAUUGUAAAGAAAUGCAUGCAUACGAGUACAUAAGUACAUAUUGGUUAAAUGAAUAUUCACGAAAAAUAUAAAAAUUAAAUUCACUUUACAGCAGCUGUUUUUCACUUAUUAAAUUAGAAAUGAAAAUUUUGAAAAAAAUUUAAUAUUAUAAAAGAUAGUUUACGACAAUGGUGAUAUAGUAUUGGUGUAGCAACAAUUACAUAAUAAAUUCUUCAAUUGGACUCACUCAGAAAAACCAGCAACGUUUAUGAAGCAUAGUAAUUAGAAAUUAUGAGGAAGUAAGCAGACUUGCAUACAAGCAAGUAAACGGAAGGCGCGUAUUUAUUUGACAGCAAUGAGGAUACUGAAAUAUGUUUAGGAUGAUGCAUAUAUUAUAAUUCUUAAACUUAUUAACUUAACAAAUUACUUCAAAGUAUUUCAUAAAAAUGAAAGGUGUGUAUAAUGUAAGGCAAAUGAUAUAAUAAUGAGCAUAUAAAUAAUUACACAAAAGAAUUGAGCGAAACAAGCUAAUGUGCGAUAUUGUACUAAAUUAUGAAUAACUUUGUACUUGAAUUAAUAUUUUAUUUAAACUUAAGUCAAGAUAUUCAAAUAAAAUAUAAUCAUUUCAAUUCAAAUAUA